CCUAUAACCAGAGGUAAACACGCAAAGAAGGAAGCGCCAGGCAAGCUAGCAACAUCCCCAUCGUAGGAUGGUCCUUUGGUUCUGAUUGAAGGGUGCACCCGCUCUUGCAAAUCAAUUAAAUGCUUUGAGUCGUCUUUUUAUGCACGACCCGAGCGUUCUGCAUUGGCAGCGAACAUGGAGGCAAUGGAAACUGGCGAUGGACGACGGCAUCCGGCCGCCGAUGAAGUGCGACUUGCGGAAACAGAAGACACGGGAACUGAAGCUCUAGCCAAAGGUGGAAGCUCCCUCCCAAACCAAAGUGAAGAGAGCAAGUUUGAACUUAAAGACAUCGAGACCCCGCUAGUUCCGUGUCGCAUGGAGCCCUUGAACGCCUCGCCGUCCCACUCAGAAGACGAGACCGAGGAAGGAGGCCUAGCCAGCGAGAAAGAUGAUGAUGACGUGGAGGAUGUAGAGGAGAUGGAAGCCACUCCUGUGCAGGUGAAGGACUCGGACCCGGAGGAGACAAUCGGCAAAGGCACUUGUUCCGCCUCGUUCAGCCUCGAUGAGAUGAUGGACAUCGGUACUGUGGACCAGCAAGAACAGGAAGCUCAGAUGUGCACAGAUGAUAACAACAGCACCACAGUGUUGGAGGAGGAGGAGGAGGAGGAGGAGGCGGCACAAAACGAGCUAGACACUGACAUGAAACCUAAUGUCGGAAUGAAAGUGGAUGAAGAAGUACAAAAAAAAGAGGAGAAGGAGGAGGAGAAAAAGGAAGAUGGGAGUGUGGAGGAGGUGAAAGAGAAGGAGAUGGAGGAGGUGACAGAGAAGGAGGUGGAGGAGGUGACGGAGAAGGAGGUGGAGGAGGUGACUGAGAAGGAGCGUGAGGAGGUGAAUGAGAAGGAGCGGGAGGAGGAGAACGAGAAGGAGCGGGAGGAGGAGAACGAGAAGGAGCGGGAGCAGGUGAACGAGAAGGAGCGGGAGGAGGAGGAGAACGAGAAGGAGCGGGAGGAGGCGAAAGAGAAGGUGGGGGAGGAUGUGAAAGAGCAGCAGCAGCAGGAGGAGGAGGAAGUAAAUGAGAAUAAUGAGAGGAUAGAGGAGGAGAAGGGGGAGAAAGAAGAGGAGUCUGUGCCUUUCUACGCCACUCGCUCCAGAAGCAGAGCAGCCACAACGUCCGUAUCACCGUCAACGUCCGACAUGACCAAUGGGAUGAAAGUGAUCAAGCUCUCCGCCUCCAGUUCCUCUUCAUCAUCUUCGCCGGCUCCCAUCGCCGGCUCGCCGACUCCCAUCAAAAUCAAGGACGAGCCCGAGGAUGAGGAGUACGAGCUAGCGCUUGUGUCCGGCACGUCCACUGUAAAGGACGAGCCCGUUGCUGCUAAGGAGGAGGACUUGCAGAUUGAAUCCGUGUACUCCGUGAUGCCGGACGGCAGCGGUCGAAGGCAACGAGGUCGACCGUCGUCGUCCUCGUCCACGUUGAACAUGUUGUGCGCGCACUGCCAGAAGGGGCUGCUCAAGGGGCAGACGGCGUACCAGCGCAAAGGCUCCCCAGCGCUCUUCUGCUCCACCGGCUGCCUCACCUCCUCGCUCAGCUCUUCCAAAAGCGUCAAGACCUGUCACCGUUGUCAAAAGCGCAUAUCCCGCCCUCAGGAUAUCAUCCUGGCUCCGGAUGUGGACGGCUUGAUGAGGGGCUUCUGCAGCGAACCGUGCCUGAGCGCGUUCACCCUCAACAAAAGCGCUGAUGCCAAGGCGCUUGCUUCUUCCGACGUCAAACUGCAGUCGGUGUGCAGCAUGUGCGCCAAAUACGACAUUAGCAAGCACGAGGUCGUCCUUAGCGGCGUCGUCCACAAGAUGUGUAGCGACUCGUGCUUCAAGCUUUUCCGCACCGCCAAUCAGCUGACCAUGGCGGGCUGCGCCAACUGCGGCUCCAUCUGCCACGUGAGGCCGCUGCUGCUCAAGAUGGAGGGCAGCAGCAAGACACUGUGCAACCUCGACUGCCUCAUCAAGUACAAAAAGAAAGUUAAGAUGAAUCUGCCGUGCGCCAUGUGUCGCUCCCCGCGGCCGCUCGCCGACAUGUUCCACAACAAAAGCAACACCGAUGACUCCGUGAGCCUCUACUGCAGCAGCAGCUGCAUCAUGGCCUUCAUGGUCCAGAGUGUCACCUCCUCAGGCACACACCUGAACUGCGAAAACUGCGGCAAGAAUGCUCUGCCGGCGUACCACCUGGCCAUGUCCGACACCACCAUCAGAAACUUCUGCACACUGCCGUGCGUGAUGGCCUUUCAGGAGAAGUUUAAGAUGAAACAGAAGCAGAUGACCAUUUUCCCAAAGUUGCCGGUGGCGUCCUCUCAGGAGCCGAGCACCACGCCGCCGCUGCCGCAAGCCGCUUCGGCCACGCUUGACUGCGCCCAGUGCGCCCGCCAAAUGACCGCCAAGCCCGAUGUCAUCCACGUCAAGGACAAGGUGGUGUUUGUCUGCAGCUGGAGCUGCGCCCUGGAGUUCAAAACGAGCAAAAACAUCAGCGCCAAGUGCGAGUACUGCAAGAUGGACAAGAUCAGCCGAGAGGUGAAGCGCAUCAACGGGAAGGACUGCUCCUUCUGCAGCCACGGCUGCAAGCUGCUGUACGAGCAUGACCUGGACGCACGCUGGGGCAAGCACUGCAAAUCGUGCUCGUAUUGCCAGUGUGUCUCCAAGAAAGUGGAGAAGGCGCUCUACGGCGAGUCUAGCGAGGAGUUCUGCUCCGAGGUGUGCAGGUCCAAUUACACCAUGCUCUUCUGCCAUGUUGCCAAGUGCACCUCGUGCGGCCGCAAAGGCAAACUGAAGCACAGUCUUUUCAUGCUGGGAGAGUUGCGCAACUUCUGCGACCUGCCGUGUCUGUUCCACUUCUGCAACGGCCAGAUCAAGACGCAGGGCGACGUCUUCCCGCCAGACUCGCCCGUCAUCGCCAAUGUAGUCUCACUCGCGUGCCAGGACCAGGCAAGCCGUGCCACUCCCGACAAGCCCACCAAGCAAACAGGAGACUAUCAAAUCAGUUUGAGGAAACGAAAAGAGGACUCGCUCACUUCCACAGGUCCCCGAACAAGAGGUUCUGACUCACAAACAGACCCUGAUCUGAUCAUCAUUAACGACAGUCCAGAGAGAAAGAGGCCGUCUCCUUCCACGCCCACGCCCAUUUCUGUCAGCACUUCGAGAAGCAUGAAGAACAAGGCCCUGCUGUGCAAGCCGCUGGUGCAGAACAAGGGCGUCUCCUGUCGGACGCAGACGGUCGACGUCGAGGCGCAGACAGAUUUGUCCAUACCUAAGGUUAUGGUCCUCCCCAUUCCCGUGCCGGUGUACGUCCCCGUGCCCAUGAACAUGUACAGCCAGUGCACCCCCAAUCCCGUGGGCGUGCCCCUGCCUCUUCCCGUGCCCAUGUUGCUGCCCGUCAACAUGGACAACGCCGACCGCAUCGUGGAGACCAUCAAGAAGAUCAAGGAAAAAUUCCCGGCGGACCCGUUCGAGGCCGAGCUCGUUCUCAUGGCGGAGAUGGUGUCCGAGACCAACGGAGGCGAUGGCGCGACGGACAAAGAGGGGGAAAUGCGACCAGAGAUUGCUGCUGGCGGAGACGCGAUGAGCACCGACUUGAAUACGGAUGACCUGGCCAGCCUGCUGAACAGCUGGGACGAGCCCAAUGCUCCUUCACCUCCCAUGGACGUCGAAACCGAUUUCCCCAUCGAGACCUUGGAGAGGAUGGCCCUGCAGCGAGAGUCUUCCACGCCGCCGGCCAGCCCCGCACCCACCGGCACACGGAAACGUCAACCGUCGCGGAAAUCCAGAGAGACGAGGGGUCGUAAAAAGUCAAACAAGGGCGCCGAGGUGUCCGGCAAAAAAGGGUCCGCCGCCAAGAGCUCCGUCCCCAAAGUCCCGAAGCUUAAGAGUGAGUACGGCGUGGAUGCUUGGAAGCGAUGGAUCCGCUGGAGAGACGCUCAGCCCGACAUGGAGACGCCGCGUAUCGGAAUGCGCCCCCUGGUGCCGAAAGAAGACCUCCUCCGCUGCACCUCGGCCGAACUGAGCUACGGCCUGUGCCGCUUCAUCACCGAGGUCAAGCGGCCGUCCGGCGAGCCGUACGCGGCCGACAGCCUCUUCUACCUCUGCCUCGGCAUCCAGCAGCACCUGUUUGAGAACGGCCGCGUGGAGAACAUUUUCACGGACAGCUUCUACUGCAAGUUCUCCACAGAGUUCACCAACAUGCUCAGAGGCUUCCAACCGACUCUCACAACCGGGGGUUACAUCCACUCGCGUGUGGAGGAGGAGUUCCUGUGGGACUGCAAGCAGCUGGGCGUGUACUCGCCCAUCGUGCUGCUCAACACGCUGCUCUACUUCUUCUGCAAGAACUUCGGCUUCACCACGGUCGAGCAGCACCGGCAGCUCUCCUUCGCCCACGUCAUGCGCUGCACCAAGACCGCCCAGGGCAACGUCAAGACCACCUUCCUGCGCUUCUACCCGCCCAUCGCGCCCAUCGAUGAUCUGGAUGGCAUUCCUGCCAAGAAGCGCAAGGAGGAGGAGGAGGCGGAGGUGAAAGAGGAGAAGAUCCUGGAGAUGAAGGAGAACACGGAAAAUCCUCUGCGCUGUCCCGUGCGACUCUACGAAUUCUACCUGUCAAAGUGCUCGGAGACAGUCAAGCAGCGCACCGACGUGUUCUACCUGCUGCCCGAACGCUGCUGCGUGCCCAACAGCCCGCUGUGGUUCUCGGCCACCCCGCUGGACGAGGACACGAAGGAGGCCAUGCUCACUCGCAUCCUCACCGUGCGGCAGCUGCACUUGGCCACCAGGGAGCGGACGCUUGCCCCCGAAGACGACGAGGGCGGCGGCGGUGGCAGAGGCGCAGGCGACGACGACGAUGACGACGACUGGCCAUGACGCGUCUGAACUCUUACCAAGGAGACGGAAUCAAAAGUGUCUUGAAGGCAGCGGUCGAGCUUCUACGUAUUAGAUGAGGACGAGACGUUCUGUGACACUAAAGGGAGCAAGGCUGACCCCUCCAAAAACUUGUUUCGAAUCGAAGGAAUCACAGUUGGAAUUCCACGAUCAGCUUUUUUUUUUUUUUUUUGGAAUAUAUUAAUAAUCUUUUCUUUAUAAAGGUCCGACCAAUGUCACUAGACAGUGAGAUGACACUGUCCUCUUUUUGUACCAUGUUACCGCCUCUUUCCCUUCAUGGUGUAGAUCAGUGUUUUCCAACCUGUAUUGAGCCAAGGUCCAAAUUUUACCUUUUGAAAAAAAAAUCUCAUGGCACGCCGCCAAGCACAAAAUAUCACGGGAACGAUAUGACAUGAUACUGAAAUCAUGGCGUCUUUUUCAUGUCCUCUCCAAUUUACUCUGUGUGAAAUUUUGGCCCGUGAAGCUUUUAUUCUGAUGUUAAAUGACUGAACACUGGUUAAUUAAUUACUACUUUCUGCUUCCGAGUGGAGGCGUAUUUCAUUGUUCAUCCUGUUGCUAUACAUCGCCGGCAUGGAUAGACAGAAGAUACAUCAUAUCGAAAAAUCUUUUUUUUUUUUUUUCGACCAGUUGCGGUUGGGAAAAUCACUGCAGUAGAUGAUGUCCAGUCCGUGUAAUUUAGAACAAACGGAACCAUCUUGCCGAGUAAAACUACUUGAACGCAUCCAAGUUGCGAUUCAAAGCACCUUUUAAGACAAAACGUGACGACCUUCCUCAAUUAUUAGCAGUGUACAAAUAAAAAUGUAUCCAUUCAUAUAUCCCUUGACAGACGUUUUGUAUUGACCUUUUUGUUUCUUUUUUUUUAAUAAAACUGUGAAUGUUAACUAUUGAA